AUGGAGAAUCACCGGCCCCUCCCAUCACUGGAUGGACCCAGUAACAGAGAUACCCCAGAGAGAUGUCCCCGUCCUCUGUAUUCCCAGGACUGUACAGAGGAGAAUCACUGGACCCCACAGGAGGAUCAGGGUGAAGAUCUGACUGAUAAUAAGGCAGAAGAUAUAAAGAGAGAAGAAGAGACGUAUGUGACAGUUAAUAUUGCAGAAGAUACAGAGGAAGAAGAGACGUAUGUGACUGAUAUAAAGGCAGAAGAUGUAGAGAGAGAAGAAGAGAUGUAUGUGAGAGGUGAUCAGUUGUGUAAGGAGGAGGAAAUUCCUACAGAUAUCAGCACAGCAGAUGGACAGAGAGGCAGGAAUACCUCGGAGAGACAUCUAACUAUGUUUCCAGAUUUGAAAUUAGAAGAGAGCAUCUCAUGGUAUUCUGGAGGAGAAUACUCCAUUACCCCAAUUAUACAUCCAGUACCUCACAGUGCCGAUAUAUCAUCUGUUCCCGCUAACCAUGAGGAGUGUAACAUUAAUUCAGAUGUUGCUACACAUAGUACAGCUCCUACAGAUUCUACAGUCUUUCCCUCUUCUGAAUUUGUUAAAUCCUGUAAUAAUCAGUCAGUCUUUGUUACACAGGAGAAUCGCACAAGUAAGACACAAUUUUCAUGCUCUGAGUGUGGGAAAUGUUUUAAAUAUAAAGCAAAUUUUAUUGAACAUCAGAGAAGUCACACAGGCGAGAAGCCAUUUCCAUGCUCUGAAUGUGGGAAAUGUUUUACACAGAAGUCGAAUCUUGUUACACAUCUAAAAAAUCACAGAGAUAAGAGACCAUUUUCAUGCUCUGAGUGUGGGAAAUGUUUUACAUAUAAAUCACGUCUUGUCAUACAUAAGAGAAGUCACACAGGUGAGAAGCCAUUUUCAUGUUCUGUGUGUGGAAAAUGUUUUACAUAUAAAUCAUUUCUUGUCAUACAUGAAAGAAGUCACACUGGUGAGAAGCCAUUUCCAUGUUCUGAGUGUAGGAAAUGUUUUAAAAAGAAAUCAGAUCUUGUUAGACAUCAGAUAACUCACACAGUUGAGAGGCCAUUUCCAUGUUCUGAGUGUGGGAAAUGUUUUACACAGAAAUCAGAUCUUGCUGCACAUCAGAGACGUCACACAGGUGAAAGGCCAUUUCCAUGCUCUGAGUGUGGGAAAUGUUUUACACAGAAAUCCGAUCUUGUGAUACAUCAGAGAAGGCACACAGGUGAGAAGCCAUUUUUAUGCUCUGAGUGUGGGAGAUGUUUUAAACAGAAAUCAUAUCUUGUUAAUCAUCGGAGAACUCACACAGGUGAGAGACCAUUUCCAUGUGCUGAGUGUGGGAAAUUUUUUACACGUAAAUCAGCUCUUGUUAGACAUCAGAGAAAUCACUCAGGAGAGAGACCAUUUCCAUGCUCUGAGUGUGGGAAAUGUUUUACACAUAGAUCUGAUCUGGUUAGACAUCAGAAAAUUCACACAUUACGUGGUGCGGAUCCAGAGACUUUGAGGAUGGACAUGGACCGGAGUCACACAAAUGAGAGGAUAUUACAUCUCACCCUGGAGAUCGUCCACCUGCUGACUGGGGAGGGUUACACAGUAGUGAAGAAGACAUUCCUUGACCAUCUGACAACCAUUAGCUGUGCCUCCAUCACGGUGCCUCCACCUCAGUCACAGAUACAUGAGAGGGACGAUGACCAGAAGAUCCUGGAACUCACCAACAAGAUCAUUCAGCAGCCAUCUGGAGAGGAGGGGGAGUAUAUAGAGGAACACAGGGGUCUGUACAAGGACGUGAUGAUGGAGAAUCACCGGCCCCUCACAUCACUGGAUGGACCCAGUAACAGAGAUACCCCAGAGAGAUGUCCCCGUCCUCUGUAUUCCCAGGAUUGUACAGAGGAGAAUCACAGGAUCCCACAGAAGGAUCAGGAUGAAUUUCUGACUGAUAAUAAUGCAGAAUAUAUAGUGGGAGAAGAAGAGACGUAUUUUACUGAUAAUAUGGCAAAACAUACAGAAGAAGAAGAAGAAGAGUCGUAUGUGACUGAUAUGAAAGAAGAAUUUAUAGAGGGAGAAGAAAAGACGUAUUUUACUGAUAACAUGGCAAAACAUACAGAAGAAGAAGGAGAAGAAGAAGAGACGUAUGUGAGGGGGGAUCAGCAGUGUAAGGAGGAGCAAAUACCUACAGCCAUCAGCACAGCAGAUGGACAGAGGGGCAGGAAUACCUCGGAGGGACAUCUAACUUUGUUUCCAGAUUUUAAAUUAGAAGAGAAGAACAUCACACGAGAUUCUGCAGGAGAAAACCUUAUUACCCCAAUUAUACAUCCAGUGCCUCAUAGCGCAGAUAUAUCAUCUGAUCCCUCUAACCAUGAGGAGGGUAACAUUAAUUCAGAUGUUUCUACACAUAGUGCAGCUCCUACAGAUGCUACAGUCAUUCCCUCUUCUGAAUUUGUUAAAUCCUGUAAUAAUCAGUCAGUUUUUGUUAGACAGAAGAAUCACACAAGUAAGAAACAAUUUUCAUGCUCUGAGUGUGGGAAAUGUUUCAAAUAUAGAGCAAAUUUUGUUGAACAUCAGAGAAGUCACGCAAGUGAGAAGCCAUUUCCAUGCUCAGAAUGUGGGAAAUGUUUUACAAAGAAAUCAUCUCUUAUUAUGCAUCACAGACUUCACACAGGUGAGAAGCCAUUUCCAUGCUCUGAGUGUGGGAAAUAUUUCAAAUAUAGAGCAAAUUUUGUUGAACAUCAGAGAAGUCACACAGGUGAGAAGCCAUUUCCAUGCUCAGAAUGUGGGAAAUGUUUUACAAAGAAAUCAUCUCUUAUUAUGCAUCACAGACUUCACACAGGUGAGAAGCCAUUUCUAUGCUCUGAGUGUGGGAAAUGUUUCACACAGAAAUCUGCCCUUGUUGUACAUCAGAAAAGUCACACAGGUGAGAAGCUGUUUCCAUGUUCUGAGUGUGGGAAAUGUCUUGCACAUAAAUCCACUCUUCUUGCACAUCUGAGAAUUCAUACAGGUGAGAAGCCAUUUUCAUGCCCUACAUGCGGGAAAUGUUUUACAAAGAAAUGCAAAAUUGUUGAGCAUCAGAAAUGUCACACAGGUGAGAAGCCAAUUUAAUGCUCUGAGUGUGGGAAAUGUUAUAUGCGAAAAUCCGCUCUUGUUGUACAUCAGAAAAGUCACAGAUGAGAAGCCAUUUUCAUGUUCCAAGUGUGGGAAAUGUUUUACACGUAAGUCAAGUCUUGUUACACAUCUGAAAAAUCACACAGAUAAGAAACCAUUUCCAUGCUCUGAGUGUGGGAAAUGUUAUAUGCGAAAAUCAGCUCUUGUUGUACAUCAGAAAAGUCACACAAGAUGAAAACCAUAUCGGUGAUCUGACUGACAUGAAAGAGUUUUGCAACAUCUACCUAUUGUAAAAGUCAUUGAUAGUAAUAUGUACAGUUCCGUUAAAGAGUGAAUUCUCAAAUGUAUAUUAACAUUACAUAACAGUUUUGGAGGGCAAUUCAAAACUUGAGUCUUUGCCAUCCACAAAGUGGAAUGGUCGUCAUCGACAUAAGACUGGAACACAUCGCACAUGUAUGGAUCUUAUUGCAGUCUCUUAGAUGUAGGUGUCUGCUAUAUAUUUUCACCACAUUUUGGCCAAAGCCAAGGAAUUGAUUUGUGUUAACUGUGAUAUUAUUUCCAUCCAAAAGUUGCGACAGGUAUACAGCCAGCUCCAAUUGAGGAGCCUGUCGUUUUCUCCGGCUGAAUGAUGUGAUAACAAACUCUUUCAUCCCUGUGGGAGGCUGGACACAAUAGGUAUUGUGCGUGGUGUUAGGAGCCUGGACAUUUUAAAACUGAAGCCAACUCAAGCUCCUCCUCAUACACACAACGUUUCCUACCAACAUCAGUUUUUCUUAGUGCUGGUGUUCCAGGAUGCGCUCCAUCUAGUUUUGAGUUUGGCAGAUUUUAUGUUUUUUUGUUUUCUCUUUGGCUGAUAGAGAGGUAGGUGGGGGAGUUCUUUCUCCUUCUCUACUACCUCCAGGGGCAGGGGGCCUUUAUCUUGUCUCAAACAUACCUUUCAUGCCCAGAAAAUAGGAAGAGAGUGUGUUGGAUCUGAUACAACACCACCCCCGUCCAGUGUGCCGUAGUUGAGGCAUGCCAGAUUGGUCGGACAGCCAACCAGGCCCGGAUCAACACACAGACAUUAGGCAUACUGAGAAGAAGGACCAUCAGGAAAAGCCCUUGGUGGAAGCUCAUAGGUUAUGCUUCAGGGUUAAAUGGUUAGAUUUAACUUCAGAUGCUUGGGUAAAAGACCUAUGCAUGGGUUUCUUUUUUUAAAUCUUAUUCUAGAUCUACCAGUGUUUGGCUUUACAAGAGGUUAUACAAAAGUCCCGAUACCUGCCGGCAGAGAGGUGGGAGGUUUUUUUGUCAAACCUUUUCCUCGUGCAGUAGCCAGACGAGUAAUUUUGGUAACUGCACUCGAGAGUCUUUACUAAGGUUUGAGAACAGUAGUUUCUCCAGAGAUUCUGUUAGAUCAUGUCAUAGUAACAGAACAAGAAUUCAUUUCCCAUGGUUGGGUAAUAUAUUGUUUAAAAUCAAAUAUAGUUUUAGCUCAAAAUAAGCUUUUCCUGGGCAGUGUGACUGAUACCAGAUUCAGGAGGGGUUUUCUUUCUGGGAAACAAGAUUCCAUUCUUACAAAAAUGGCUCUUGAAAAAGAAGGCAUUAAAGCAUUGUGCGAAAUUGUCUCCAUCUAUGAGGCAAAUCCGUUCACCCAAUUUCACUCUUAGAAGUUCCAGAUAAAGAUUUUAUGGAAAUGCUACAGAUCCCUAUCCUCAUCUGUAAUCUCAUCUCACCAUUGAGUUCACUGUUGUAGACAGGUUAUUCUUUUAUGAUGUCAGAACAAUAGACCUUAAUCUAUGAAGUUGAGGGACAGCACAGGUUUCAGGGCAAGUGGACGCUGGAGGAGCCUUCAUUCCACAUCAGUGUUCUGAAACUUUGAGCUGCCUUCAGUGCCCAAAGAUCUCUUUACAUAGACCUUUUCUUAGCUGAAGUCUACAUAAAGGGUCAGGUAGUCUAAGUCAAUUUAGACCAAGGGUGGCCAACCAGUUAGAGCCAAAGAGACAAAAAAUCCAGUUAGGUACAUCAAAGAGCCGUCAUCAAGCCAAAGGUACACGUGCAAAAAAGGGGUGUGGCCUUGUGCCUGCUAGACCAUGCCCCGGUAUAAAAUACAUUGAAAAGGCCACUUCCACAUAAAAUUAUUGAAAAAGCCAGAUUCACAUAAUAUAUUUCAGCUCCCCUAUGUGUCACUCCAGCCAGCACCCUGCUGCAUCACUCCAGCAAGCUCCCGCAUAUGUCACUCCUGCCAGUUCCCCGUGAGUCACUCCUGCCAUCACCCUGCUGCAUCACUCCAGCCAUCCCUCCCAUGUGUCACUCCUCGUACCACCCUUCUGUGUUACUCCAGCCAGCUCUCCCAUGUGUCACUACUUCCAGCACCCUACUGUGUCACUCCAGCCAGUUACUACGUGUGUCACUCUUGCCACCACUCUUUUAUGUCACCCCUGCCAGCUCCCUCGUGUAACUCCAGCCAGCUCCCCCUUGUAUCACACCAGCCCCUACAACUCGUGACAUUGAAGCAGCCUCUUAUGUGUCCUCAGUUUGCCUAUAUUAUCCGGCUCCCUCAAUUCUCAGUGACCGUAGUGCUGCUGUGUGUCUGGCUGGAGUGCAGCAGUUUCCAGAUAUAUUGUGGUCAUGUGAUUUUGAGUGUUGGGGAGCCACAUUUGAAUAAAGAAAGCCUCAUGGGGCUCAAGAGCCACUGGUUGGCCACCACUGAUUUAGACCGUGCUAUUGCAGUAGCAUUUUUGAACCAUCAGAGGGGAUACCAAGAUUACCCAGACCAUGGAGACAUAAAGGACCUUCCUUUGGGUGGAGAAGAAUGUGUCGACUCUCACAGCUUUGCAUUUUCCCAGUGUGAGCACUGGGAUGCUGACGAUUUCUGCAGACAACCUAAAAAUUUGGGGGAAUGGUCACUUCAUCCAGAUGUUUUCCAACAGAUAGUGGACAAAUAAGUUCAAACAGAUAUUGAUAUGAUAGUCCAGAAUGAACUUCAAAGAAAUACAUUACUGUGCCAAGACGAGAUCUGGAGUCAAAGUUUGUUGACAUACUGAUGGUCUUUUGGAUUUAUCCCCUCAUUUAUCAUGCUCCAGAAGGUCCUGGAAAAGGUAAAGAGCAUGGCAUACUUGUUGCUCUAGAAUAGAUUUACCAAUUGGUUACUGAAAUACAAAAUCAUUUUAGAUAAUGUGAAAAAGACCACAAUGAAUGCUAGGUGUCCUGCAUCACCCAAAUGUACUGUAAGUUCCCAUUUUAACCUUUAAGUUAGCACAACUUUACAGGAGGUUCUUGUUACAGGGUAAAAGUGGGGGUCUGAAAGUUCAGAUUUUAGCCAUGUCAGUGUUUUUUUUUUGUUUGUUUGUUUUUUUGCAGAAAAAGUCUUUCCCCCUUUUCAAGGCCAGUUCUGAACCUCUGUUUAAAGCCAUUUUUUAAAGAUACCCCACCAAAGAAAAAGUUGGGAUGCCCUUGUUAUAGAUCAUGCUAUUUUUACUGGUGUUCUUGUGUAAUUAAAUUUAAAACAAAAUAAAAUAACGUUAGAGUUUCAGUUGAUAAGAA